CAAAAGCCACAACCUUUCCUCUCUCUCUCUCUCUCUCUACUCUAACCCUCCCCUCCUCUCCAAUGGCAUCCCCAAAGUGCUCCCUCCCCAAUGCUGUCCUCUCCUUCUUCUUUUCUUCCUUGUGCUUCUUUGCAUCACAAGCGUUGGGGGACUCCGGGUGGCAGACGGGACACGCCACAUUCUACGGCGGUGGCGAUGCCUCCGGCACAAUGGGAGGGGCUUGUGGGUACGGUAACCUCUACAGCCAGGGGUAUGGGACCAACACUGCGGCCCUCAGCACCGCUCUCUUCAAUAACGGGCUCAGCUGCGGCGCGUGCUACGAGAUGCAGUGCGCGAAUGACCCCCAGUGGUGCCUCCCGGGCUCCAUCAUCGUCACCGCCACCAACUUCUGCCCCCCCAACUACGCCCUCCCCAACGACAACGGUGGGUGGUGCAACCCUCCCCUGCAGCACUUCGACCUCGCCGAGCCUGCCUUCCUCCAAAUCUCCCAAUACCGGGCUGGCAUCGUCCCCAUCUCCUUCCGCCGGGUGCCCUGUGUGAAGAAGGGAGGGAUAAGGUUCACCGUCAAUGGCCACUCCUACUUCAACUUGGUGCUGAUCUCCAAUGUCGGCGGGGCCGGCGACGUGAAUGCGGUGUCGAUCAAGGGGUCGAAGACCGGGUGGCAGGCUAUGUCGCAAAACUGGGGGCAGAACUGGCAGAGCAAUGCAUACCUCGACGGUCAGAGCCUCUCCUUCCAGGUCACCACCAGCGACGGAAGGACUGUCACCAGCUACGAUGUCGUGCCGGCCAACUGGCAGUUCGGCCAGACCUUCGAGGGAGGCCAAUUCUAGGCCUCGAUCGCCACUGUUAAGGGUUUAAAUUGUUUUUAAGGGUUUGGGAGGGAAGCCUCUCUUGAAAGAGGUUGGGGCCUGGUUGAAAGCUGAGGUAGCUUUAUGUACUAGCACCCGCUGAGAAAGGCCUAUGGUAAAUUUAUUAGACAUAUAGGAGUUCGGUUUGUUCCUUGUUGGCAAUUUAGAUUGAAUGCCUUGUGGAAAAUUCGGAAAUCAAGGCCUUGGGUGUAUACCAUAGGAAUCCUCGAAACACAAUAUGUGAUUGUGUGGAGGAUGGUAUAAAAAUUAGAGGGAAGUAUGAUGCUUGUUUUGUCUAUUUGAAACGUACGUAAUAUCUGUAACAGCUGAUUGGUCUCAAAUAAGAAUAAGCAAUAUGUUAUUUGCAGUA